AUGUCAUAUGCUUUCCUAUCUCUUCGCCGUAUAUCUCUUUCUUUCCGUUCCUUUCCAUCUCUCACUUAUACAUUUUCAACCACCACCUCCAUUGAAGCCAUUUUAUUUCAAGCAUUUUCGCGCGCUUCUGAAUUAUUUCAUCCGAGCGUUUCCAUUUCACUCUUCUCUCUCUCUCUCUCUCUCUCUCUCUCUCUUUCCUUUCGUUCUUUUAUCUUUUCUCUUUGUCUCUCACUGGAAAAGAAUGCUGGGCUGUUUCACGUUCUCUUGAACUCUCUCUCCAAAGUUCUUUUCAACUUUCCCUCACGGUACUUGUCGACUAUCGGACUCGUCCCGGUAAUUAGCCUUGGAUGUAGCUUAGCACCCGAUUUGGGCUGCGUUCCCAAGCAACCCGACUCUCGGAUCGAAGGCCGUCGCCUGCCGUCCGUAGCGAAUGGGCCUGGCACCCGCCGCGGGCGGCCCCGAUCGAGGGAACUCCGAACUACGCGAGACGAAAACGAGCGGCUGCCUUCGACCCAUGCGCCACACGUCCCGAAGCCUUUUGCUUGCGACGGGAUUCGGCGUUGGGCUUCUCCCGGUUCACUCGCCGUUACUAAGGGAAUCCCGGUUGGUUGCUUUUCCUCCGCUUAG